AUGGAUAAAUUUAAAGGUAAAAUAAAAGGGAUAUCCCAACAAAGAGGGGAGCAAGGAAAAUUUCAAUUUGAUUUUAAACUUAUAAGUGUUGAAAAUUUACCAGUUACUGGUAAUUGUUUUGUAUCAUGGAAAAGAGGUACAAAAUCAGCAAGUAACGGGAAAACAAAAGCUGUUACAAUCAAUUCAAAUAAAUCAGCAUCAUUUAAUCAUUCUUUUUCAAUGGUUACAACAUUAUAUAAAGAAAAACCACCAAAGAAAACUUAUGAAUCAAAAACUAUUGCAAUUUCAAUUAAAGAUGAAAAAAAUAAAAAAUCAAUUGCAAAAACAAUGAUAGAUUUAGCAGAUUUUACAAAUUUUAAAGAUGAACAAUUUAAAUCAAUUCAAAUUAAACAAAAAAAGGGUGGACCAAUUGUAAUUGCAAUGAAUAUAAAGAGUAAAGAGAUGGAAAUUAAUCCAGAUGAUGAACCAGCAACAGAGACCGAUUUAAAUUCAAAUGAUGGUUCCGAUGAUGAAGAUGGUGAAGAUUUUGAACAAGAUGAGGAUAACUCAUCAUCGUCAUUAAAUACCAAUAGUAAAUAUAGUAAUACCAAUAAUAUCACUGGUAGACUAAAUGAUGAUGAUAUUUUAGCACCAACAAAUGGAGGUGGUGGUGCUUUUAAAAAGAUGUCUGCACCAAUUUCAUCAACUAAAUCUGAAUCAAUUUCAUCCAAUUCAUCCACACCAACUAAAACAUCAACACCAUCAACACCACCAUCACAUUCAGUUGAACCAACAACCACAGUGAAACCAUUUAGUAAUGAUACAGAGGCAGAAUUGAAUGCAUUACUCUCAAAACCAUCAUCUAAACCAAAAACUAUAGCAGAACCUGUAAAAUCAACACCAGUAGUAUCAUUAUCAUCUGCUUCCAACUAUAAUCCAGGUAAAGAUAAAGAUUGGAAGAGAGAAGCUGAUGAUGCAAAUCAUAGAGUUCAACAAUUGGAGAGACAAGUGGAAGUAUUACAAAGAGAUUUAAAAAUGAAUCAAAACAUUGCAGCCAAUGGUGGCGGUGGUGGUGUAUCACAACAAGAGUUUGCGGAUUUAAAGAAAAGAUUUAGAGAGAUUUCAGGUGAUAACAUUGAUUUAGAGGAUAAAGUUAAGGAAUUGGAAGAGAAAUUAGCAAAUGCAUACAGACAACAACCAAUCUCACAAGCGGCAGGCGGUGCAAGUAGACAAUUAACCGACCUCCAAGAACAAGUACGUCAAAAGGAUGCAUCUAUUCAAGAGUUAAAUAUAAAGAAUAGACGUUUGGAAAGAGAUCUUCAAGAUAAGGAUCAAGAGAUUGCAGAUCAAACUGAACAAGUUAAAUACUAUCAAGAACAAGUUAAAUCUGCUCAAUCCGCUGCACAAAAAGCUAUUGCUGCCGCAGCUGCAGCAUCCUCCUCAUCAAGUGGACCAUCAAAUGAAGAGGCACAAGAGGAGAUCGCAUACUUAAAGAGAGAAAUACAAUUAUUGAAGGAUCAACAACAAUCAUCAUCGGUUGCAGUUGGUGGUGGUACAUUAGAGUUAAAGAGAAGAAUUCAAGAUCUUACCAGAGAGGUUAAAGAGAAAGACGAUGCAUUGGCUAAAUUGAAAUUGGGUGGAUCACCAACAUCAGCAGGUGGUUCAUUAUCAUCAAUUGCCGCACAAACCUCUAGUAAUUUAACCAUUACAAACCUUGAGAAACAAAACACAGAAUUGAAUAAAACAUUAUUAACACAACAACAAGAGAUCGAUAGAUCAAAACAAGAGAUUCAACAAUUACAACAACAACUUUCACAAGCACAAAAGAAGAUCAAUAGUGUUACCAAUUCACCACCACCAUCAGUCAUUACCACAGAGGAACUAUUGAAACGUGAAAAUGGUGACCUCAAAGAUAAAGUUGCCGCUCAACAUCACGAAAUUAAACGUAUUCAAGAGAAAUAUGAUCAAUUGAAUUCAAGAUUCAAUGAUGAAAUCGAAGAGACCAACAAUGUAGUCAAUGAAUUAAGACAACGUGAAGAGGGCCUUGCUAGAAAGGUCGAAGAGUUAACUCAAGAGAAUCAACAAAUGGAACAUAGAUUGGCCAAUGAAAUGACAUCCGCUUCAGCAUUGAGUAUGUCUGCAAUGUCUGCACCAAGUAAAUUUAGUUCACAAAAUAGAGAUAAAGAUAGACAAGAAAGAGAAAAUGCAGAGAGACAACUUGAACUCGCAAAAACUGAAUUAUCACGUGAAAGAGAGAAAACCAAGAGAUUCGAUAGAGAACUUAAAGACUGCAGAGAACGUAUUCGUCUCUUGGAACUUCAAGUUGAAGAAGGUGGUGGUUCAGUUAUCAAACAAGAGAAUCAAGAUAAGGUUGAAAGUAGACUCAUCGAACAAUGUAUUUACACUCAACCAUUGACUUUUGUCGAUGGUACUGGUUCAGUUGCUUCAUCAUUAUACGAACAACUCACUGAUAUUUGUGCAUUCAGUCAAGAGAAUGGUAAACUCUUUACCAAAGUUUAUACAGCCCUUCAACAAGCACUCGAAAGAUCAAUGUACAAUUCAACAGAUUUAGCCUAUUGGUUAUCAAAUAUUGCUGGUCUAAUCCAUUUAAUUAAAGAUGGUCCAAACAAUAUAGACGAUGAUCGUGAUCCAAUUAUCGAUGGUAUCCUCAUCAUGCAAAAUAAUAGUUUCUCUUCAACAUCUCAAAGAAAAACUCCAUCUCAAACUUUUUAUUAUCAACUCGAAAACCUUUUAAGAGAAUCCUACUCAUUACUUUUACAUAGUAUUUAUAACAAGUUAAGACCAAAAUUAACAAAAAUAAUUAGUUUUGGUACAUGUAUUUUAGAUAAAAAAACUAAUAGAUUUUCAGCAGCAGAAAAUGAUGCAGAUAUUAAUAAGAUUUGUAAUAUUUUACAAAAGUAUAUAAAUUUAUUAAAGGAUAAAUUUAUUUUUGAUUCAAUUAUUCAACAAUUCUUUUCACAAACUUUCCAUUUCAUUAGUUACACAUUAUUAAAUGAAGUUUUAAAUGGUGAGAAUUAUUGUACACCAAGUUCAGGUUUCAAAAUUAAAUUAAGUUUAUCUAAAAUGGAUGAUUGGUUAUCUUCAUCAGAAGAAAGAGAAUUACUUUUACCAGCAAGAGAUCAUUUUAUGUCAAUCAUUGAAACUGCUAAUCUUAUGGUAAUCGAUAAAUCAAUUUUCACAGAUUCUGAUAGUGUUAUCUCUGCUUUUGAAACUUUGAAUAUCCUCCAAAUUAAAAAACUUUUAGAAAUCUGGAAACCUGAUAAUCUCUCACCUGAUCCAAUUCCAAAGAAAAUCAUUGCAAGUUUAAAUCAACAAUUGGACUUAAAUACUCAUCAAAGAAAUCUUGUAGUUGAUCCAACAAUUUUAAUUGAUGUUCAACCAAAACUCUCUUAA